UAGACUAUGACACAUUUUCUGGUCCCCUCUAGGUCUCCACUGAGUGUGUUGUUGACCAUCUGAGUUAAUGUCAAACAGCAUCACUGUGAGUUUAGAGUGAAAUCCAACAUCAGCUAUGAUUUGUAUUUCAGCACCAUGGUCAGCUCACUGAACAGCAGCCAUGCUUCCAUGUGGUAAAAAAAAAAAAAAAAAAAAAGUAGCACAAGUUACUGCAAGUCUGGAAGCAGCAUGUUGACAGAACAGGCAUCAAGAGAGGACCCAGCCUUAACCAAAAGUAAUUCCCACAACAUUACUCUGGGCGUAUACUUGCCUUACUUGCCUGACUUGUUCCAGAGCUUGGGCCAUAGACGGCUGUGUAUGUCUGGCACCAGUUCAAGGCAGCAAUCUCAAAUACUUUACACACCCAACUAUCUCUUUUCCAGUAACUUUGUUUCAGGUAUCUCAUUUUUCAAGGAGGCACAGAGCAACUUGCUCCCACAAUGGCAGAAAAUGAAAAGAAAAUAGAAAUGUUAAAGACACUUUCCAACGUGUUUCCUGGGCUAUGCCAGUUGAGUAUGGUUGCUUGCACAAUAAUUACCUUUCACUGUGAAACCCAAAACACCCAGCACACUUAACGGUGUAACUGGAACAAAUUUUCACACAAAACUUUUAAUUUGGUCCAGUGCAGUAACAUAAAGAGAACACCUGACAUAAAUCAGCUGUAUCACAGGACCUCACCUCAGUCCUAUCUAGCUUUCACCAGUGUUUAAUAAAUUAUUUAAAAGCGACAAGCUGGCAAAAAGUGUUUUUGUGUUAACACAAAGUUUUGUGUCAUUUGACAAUUGUGAAUAUUUCCACAGACUCUAAAAGUUAGCUCCAUGUGAGAACUGGGAAUUGCAAUGACCUGUGCAUUAGGUAAAUGGAAUUGGGUCAGGUUUUCAUCAAGUAACCCAAAAAAUAAAGUGAAUGAACCAAAUUUGAUUUCAUAUUAAAACACAAUCCUUUUUAGUUGUAGAGGAAAACAGUGUUGUCUGAGUGGAAUCAGGAAACACACCAGUACUACAACUUCUGUUGCAAGUAAAUGGUGCUUGAAAUGUUGCUGCAAGGCAUAUUAUUGACUAAUGUCUUUAUUGGAUUUUCUCGUUUGUAAAACAAACCAUUGACAUUUAUUUGUAGUAAAAGCAAAGGAAAUGUGUAGAUUACAUAAAAAACAAGAAUUAUGUAAUUUACAAAUAUAGUCAAUUCUCGCUCAUUUUAGCUGUGAGGGGAAUAAAACUAACACUGUAAUCUUGUUCCGUUCAUCAGCGGCCGCAUUUUAUUUUGAAGGUGUCGCUGUGAUUUCCCGGAGGUGUGCUGCUUGUUUGUAGCUUUACGGCUGUGGUUGAUAUUUCGGUAUUAAAGCUCUGAGCUUUUAUCGGCCCCACUAAGCUGCAAGAACAGGUGCCUGACAUGUUGCCAGUAGUGGUGGUCCACGGGGGGGCAGGCCAUAUCCCAAAGGAGCGGGCAGAAAAGUCCAUGGAGGGGGUGUGCUCAGCAGUGCGGGCAGGAUAUGCCGUCCUAAAGAGAGGGGGCAGCAGCAUGGACGCUGUGGUAGAAGCAGUGACCCAGUUAGAGAAUAACCCCGCCUUCAAUGCAGGGUGUGGGUCCGUGCUGAACGUGAAGGGAGAGGUGGAGAUGGAUGCCAUUGUGAUGGAUGGGAAAACUCUAGGCAGCGGUGCAGUGUCUGCAGUACGAAACAUAGCCAACCCUGUCUGUCUAGCGAGACUGGUUAUGGACAAGACCAGUCAUACGUGUCUCACAGCGGAGGGUGCCAGUAAGUUCGCCCGGUCCAUGGGUGUCGCAGAAGUGCCCAUGGAGUCCCUCAUCACUGAGUACGCCCGCAUGCGUUGGAGAAAGAACCUUGCAGCUGAUGCCAAACCUGUGGAGUGCCAAAUGGGGAAAAUGGGAACAGUUGGAGCAGUGGCAGUGGAUAGUGAGGGCAACGUAGCUUGUGCAACCUCCACUGGCGGAAUGUUGAACAAAAUGGAAGGACGGGUCGGCGACACUCCCUGCAUAGGAAGUGGAGGUUAUGCUGAUAACCAGAUGGGAGCAGUGUCAACUACAGGCCACGGAGAAGCCAUCAUGAAAGUUACACUGGCCAGACUCAUCUUGUUCCACAUGGAGCAAGGUCACUCACCAGAGGCUGCCAGUGAUUUGGGCCUGGCCUACAUGAAGUCCAGAGUUGAAGCUCUGGGUGGGGUGGUGACAGUGGACCCACAGGGCCACUGGGCUGCUCGCUUCUCCAGCAAGCAAAUGUCCUGGGCUGCAGCCCAGAAAGACAUGCUGCACUACGGCCUGUACGGUGGAGAACACUUCACCCAGAGCAUCGAUGAACCUCUGUGACAGCGAUUACAACUCCUGAGAUUUACAUUUUUUAGGGAUGAGCUUUUGUAUUGAUGCAACCAAACACAAAGUAUGUUAAUAGUAGUAAAUACUAAUACAACUUUAAAUAAUAUACAGUUGAAGGUGCACUGACAGAACAAUCUACACACUUCAGAUCUGGAUAAUCCAACUUCAUAAUUUCAAACAUAUUUUUGGUAAAUAUCAACGUUAAGACAAUUAAUUUUAACAAAAUCAAUCUUAUGUAGAUAAAUGAAAAUUCAUUAAAACUCAGGUGAAUGUGAUGCAGCUUUAAAAUCAAACUGCAGCCUGAGCUGGGUAGCAUCUUAUUGAAGCUGAAACUAAGUAAAACUCAGAUUCAUUUAGAGCUUCUACACUUGUUUUGAGCUUGAAAGCAGAAUAUUUGACACAAUAGUCUUACAUAAAUUAAAUGUUCACUUACUGGCAUUUUCAACCACGUACCUGGUUUUUCUAGUUUGUUAUAUCUGUAGGGGCAGUGCUAAAUAGAUUCUGUAGCUUCUUUCAGAUCAAGCCCAAAAUGUUGCACACCAUCCUAUCUGUCAAUCUGGAAAGACUACUGAAUUUCCCGUUCUUUUUCUUAAAACUGCUGAAUUAAACCGGUUUUAACCUGAAGUUAUUUCUUUGAUGUGGUUCAAUGAAAAAAAUAUUUUCCUUUUGAUUGUGUCACACAGCAGAUGUUAUUUAGCUAUUAAUGUAAUAGUGGAUUCACACAAAAACAAUCAGCAGCUAUCUUGUUAACAAUUUUAGUCAUUUUACAAGCAUUUUAUUGCUAUUCUUUGUGGAAAACAAGACAUGUCAAUGUGUGAACUAUAGCUGAGACAGUUCAUUUGAUAUUUAGUAGGCCAAACUAAUUUAGAUUAAUAUAUAUAAUAUAGUAAAUUCAUUUUUUAACAUAAGAAUGGUUUUGAUGGUGAUCUUUAAAUAUGUUCCUCCAAUUUCUUGUUGAGUUUUGUUGUUCUUUGUCAAAAAUAUGGCUUAAAUUUAAAGAUUUUGUUUUUCAAUACCUAAUAACACAUUUAUUUACAAGCCAUGUUUUACUAUUAUUACUGCUGUUUAAAAGUCGUCUUUGUCUUAUGUAAUGGAGUACUUGAAAUCUUUUUUAGAGUGCUGCUGAUUUGAACCUCGUCUUUCCUCGUCACAGAGAAUUCAUUGCACAUUUCGUACCAGUACUGUACUGGAAGAUGAAACACUUCCACCACUCACAGAGCCUCAACUAGUGUUUGUGAAGUGCUGAUGAUCAGAUGAUGGUUGUUGAUGCUGAAGCUCUGUGUUAGGGAAACACUGAUGAGUACAAUAAAUGCCUCUGAUCCCUG